AGCAUAUACACAUCUUGCAGCUGCGAGACCUGCUGAGAUUCGCGAUCAAGCACACACAGUCCUCUGAUUCAGUCAAAGGCUCCCAUCGCACUGCUGCUGCACCAUGGCUCAUCCCAAUUCUGCUGCCAAGGGCGUUGAUGCCCCUGCCACUCAAGGUUUGCCUCCCGUUGACCAGAUGACGAGCAAGGACUACUACGCAGACAGUUACGCUCAUUUCGGUAUCCACGAGGAAAUGCUCAAAGACACCGUCCGGACACUGUCUUACCGCAAUGCUAUCAUGCAGAACCCUCACUUGUUCAAGGGCAAGACAGUGCUCGAUGUCGGAUGUGGAACUGGUAUUUUGUCCAUGUUUGCCUCAAAAGCCGGGGCUAAGCUGGUCAUUGGAAUUGACAUGUCAAACAUUCUGGACCAAGCUGAGAAGAUCGUCAGAGCAAACGGUUUCACAGAGGAGCAGAUCGUCCUUGUCAAAGGCAAACUCGAGGACGUGACAUUACCCGUCGACAAAGUCGACAUAAUCAUCUCCGAGUGGAUGGGAUACUUCUUGCUGUACGAAUCCAUGCUCGACACUGUCCUCCUCGCGAGGGACAAAUACCUAGCUUCAGAUGGUUUGUUGUUCCCCGACAAAGCUUCCAUCUUCCUCGCUGCGAUCGAGGAUGAAGCGUACAAAGAGGAGAAGAUCAAUUUCUGGGACGAUGUUUACGGCUUCGACUACUCUUGCAUCAAGGACAUUGCCCUGAAGGAACCCCUUGUCGACUGUGUUGAGCUCAACUCGGUCGCUACUCAACCCUGUGCCAUCAAACAUAUCGAUAUCCGGACCGCGAAGAAGGAGGAUCUGACCUUCAAGGUGCCUUUCGAGCUCAAAGCUUCCCGCAACGACUACGUACAUGCUUUCCUCGCCUGGUUUGACAUUGCUUUCUCAGCUUGCCACAAGCCGAUACAAUUUAGCACUGGACCUCACGCCAAGUACACACAUUGGAAGCAGACAGUUUUCUACACCCCCACUACCUUGACCGUUUCCGAGAACGACCUGAUCCGAGGCACAUUAUCAUGUGCUCCCAAUGCCAGGAAUAACCGAGAUUUGGACAUUGAGAUAGAGUAUGAAGUGGACGGCGAUCAGGAGUCAAAGGGCAAGAUGGUUUACAAGAUGGCUUGAUCUUGGGUAUCCACAGGUACUGAGCAUUUUAUCAUUCUUCUUGACACGACGAUUCUCUGUGACGCAUUUGUAUACCUUUCAUCAUAGAUAUACCCUCAUGCACAUACCAUG